UUAUCGCUGUUAUCACACAACAUGCAAACAUGGCGACGAUGGUGUCCAUUUAAAGAGCAUCGACGCGUUUUCACAUCUUCUCCACUACGACAAAUCUUAAUUACUACUGGUGACAACAAAGAACGCCAUGGGCAAUGCUGACACAAAGCUGAACUUUCGAAAAGCCGUAGUGCAAUUGACGUCGAAAACUCAGGUGAUUGAUGCAUCAGACGAUAUAUUCUGGGAUCAGUUCUGGUCCGAGAACGUAACUAAUGUUCAGGACAUAUUUACCUUGAUCCCAGCCCCGGAGAUUCGCGUGCUAAGGGAAGAGGCACCUUCCAAUUUAGCCACGUUGUGUUAUAAGGCGGUUGAGAAGUUAGUUAAAGCGGUGGAUAGCAGCUGUAGGACUCAACGGGAGCAUCAAACUGUUCUUAACUGUUGUCGCUUGCUGACACGCUUGCUACCUUACAUAUUUGAGGAUUCUGAUUGGAAAAGCUUCUUUUGGUCUAGCUUACCUGGUAAAGAUGAUGAAGAGAGUCUACCACUGGCACAUUCUCUGCUAAAUGCACUCUGUGAUCUACUGUUUUGUCCUGACUUUACUGUAACUGCAAACAGGAAAUCUGGUCCAGACAAAGCUGAUGAAUUGCAGUCGAUAGACAGCUGUGAAUAUAUCUGGGAAGCGGGUGUAGGCUUCGCGUACUCGCCACCUAGGCAUCCCAUUCUAGAUUCCAAUCGCACGGAAUUAUUGAAGCUUCUGUUAACAUGCUUCAGCGAAACCAUGUACAAUCCGCCAAUGGACCUAUCGAUCACGCCGAACAGGUGGAUUCAGUAUUUGACCAGCAGUGAAAAUAGACAUGCUUUACCUAUGUUUACAUCGCUUUUGAACACGGUAUGCGCAUAUGAUCCUGUUGGAUAUGGUGUGCCAUACAAUCAUUUACUUUUUACUGAUUCCUUGGAACCGCUGGUUGAUGUUGCUUUGCAAAUUUUGAUUGUAACUUUGGAUCACGAUACCACUGGCGGUGUGCCGUUGGAAGAGGGGGCAGUUGGAGACAAUUUAUUUAUCAAUUAUUUGAGUCGAAUUCACCGUGAUGAAGAUUUCCAAUUUGUCUUGAAAGGUAUCACCAGACUGUUGAACAAUCCAUUGAUGCAAACGUAUCUGCCAAACUCGACCAAGAAAGUGCAUUUUCAUCAGGAACUGUUAGUCUUUUUUUGGAAGAUGUGCGAUUAUAACAAGAAAUUUUUGUAUUAUGUGUUAAAGAGCUCAGAUGUUCUCGAGGUUCUCGUGCCGAUUCUUUAUCAUUUAAAUGAUUCACGUGCUGACCAAUCACGAGUUGGUUUAAUGCACAUUGGUGUAUUUAUUUUACUUCUUUUGAGCGGAGAACGUAAUUUCGGAGUGAGGUUGAAUAAGCCGUAUACAGCUACAGUGCCUAUGGACAUUCCCGUUUUUACAGGAACGCAUGCCGAUCUCCUAGUCACUGUAUUUCAUAAAAUCAUCACAACUGGCCAUCAGAGACUGCAACCGCUGUUCGACUGUCUAUUAACGAUUCUAGUCAAUGUCUCGCCGUAUCUUAAAACAUUGUCCAUGGUAGCCAGUACAAAACUGCUGCAUCUGUUAGAGGCAUUUAGUACGCCGUGGUUCCUAUUCUCGGCACCCACCAAUCACCAUUUGGUGUUCUUUUUGCUUGAAAUCUUUAAUAAUAUUAUUCAGUAUCAAUUCGAUGGAAAUAGCAACUUAGUUUAUACAAUAAUACGCAAACGGCAAGUGUUCCACGCACUCGCAAAUCUACCUAGUGAUUGUAAUACAAUUGCGAAGUCUCUUAGUAAGCGGCAACGUCGUCAUAUGCCUGCGAGUACAUCUAAUGAAAAUGUCAGUGAAGCCGCGAUGGAAGGAUCACAUCCCGCGCAACCUGCCGAACCUGGUACUUUAAAGGCCUCCUUGUUGGAGACCCCUGGUAUCGAGAAGAUGACGGAAAAAGAAUCGGCGCAUCCGCUGAGUCCAUCAGCCAGCGUUGAUAUUGGUAAGUCGAUCAGUAAUCGAUCGGAGAGCAAAACGGAUAUCGCAGAGGAAUCAAUAACCGCGACCAAGAAUUCCGUAGUGCCGAAAGGUGGCAUUCGUGUGGCUGAACAGGCGAGUGUCAACAAUGUCAAUAACGUUAACCAAUGGGUUCCGUCCAGUGAUUGGGUAUACCAGUGGAAGAGCAAACUCCCGCUACAGACCAUCAUGCGAUUGCUUCAGGUUCUCGUUCCACAGGUCGAGAAGAUCUGCAUUGACAAAGGACUGACAGAUGAGAGUGAGAUCCUGAAGUUCCUGCAACAUGGUACCCUCGUCGGGUUAUUACCAGUACCGCAUCCUAUCCUCAUCAGGCGGUAUCAGGCUAACGCCGGUACGACCGCCUGGUUUCGCACAUAUAUGUGGGGCGUUAUUUAUCUGAGAAAUGUCGAACCACCCAUAUGGUACGAUACGGAUGUCAAAUUGUUCGAGAUCCAGAGGGUUUAGAUAAUUGCUAAAGGUUCGUUAUCGUUCACGCUUUUUGAAAUACUGUUUUAUUGGCAGUGCGCAGAAAGAUGAGUCUCAUCGAACUCGUUAUUGUAUCAUAUAAUAUCGUUCCUGAAUAUUAAUUAAAAUUGAAGGAUUCAGUGUGAUCUGUUUUUGUAAGAACUCGGUGUAUAGAAUUAAUUUCUUCAGCUUUAAAUUUUAAUUAAGUUUAAAUAUAGAUAAUUAUGAAGAGAAAAGUAUACUUUUCCGAGAUUUUGUUAAACAGAAUCGUGUUAGAAUCCUUCGAUUAACUAAUAUUUAACUGAUUCUUCGUCUCUUUGACUUAAUUAAGACAAAAAUCUGAUGAAAAAAUCGUUUCUCAAAUUAAUUUAAACAGUUUCGUCGAUAAUUGUUACCAUUUCUUCGAAUUAAGUCAGUUUUAAUUAAAGACAAGAAAGAGGCAAGAAUCAAUUAAAAAUCGGUUAAUUUUGACCAAUAUUUACGGGAAUUUAACGAGACAGCGUAACGAAGUCACACGCGCUCGUUUCUGAUUACUUUUUACAUGGCGAGAGCCUCCAAAGUACUUUCAUCUUGAUGUAACAUACAUAGUACUGUAUACAAGAUCGUAAACGUCGUUUACAAUCGGUAUCAGUGAUUUAUUAUUACUAUUAUUGUAUAUCCUGAAGACUGUAAUCUUGUAUCAUAGUAAUAUAUAUAUAUAUAUAUAUAUAUAUAUAUAUAUAUAUAUAUAUAUAUAUAUAUAUUGUCAGUAAACGCAAGACAUAUAUAUCGUCGAUCUUAAAGAAAAGUUCACUAAUUAAACUAAUUUAAUAGAUGACAAGAGCCGACUAUAAAUAAAAAAAUUUAUAUUUUAAACUUUAGACACAUUUCUUUGCAUUUAUAUAUAUAUAUUUAUGUACAAUUUUACUGUUAUCAAUCAUAAUUUAUAUUUUUACAAUUUUAUGAUUUAUAUUAUAGGUUAUUCCUAAGACAAUUACGUAUAUCGUGUAUAUUCUAAAAAAAAUUCAAUAAUUUCAUUAAGACCGGCGAUAUCGUAGAACGAUUAUCGUUAUCAAAGCUAGAGAAUUUAUUUUUUGCGAUAUGUAGCUGCGCUUUCUGAAAGUAUAAUUUUAUCCGCUUUUGCAUCUAACUAUUGCAUAUUUCGCGUAAACAGUUGAUAACUGAAGUAAACACUUAAAUGCUUAUUUAUACUUGAAAACCAUUUCGCAUUUUUGGUACGAAAAGGUAUUAGAUAUAUACGAUAAAAAACUUCCGGGUCCACUUUUAUUACACUUAUCACAUCACGUGGCCUUUCUUCUUUUCGUUUUUCGCAAGUGCAAGUUCAUUCUUUAAAAGUGUAAAUAAGAACGGACCCGAUGAAAAUGUUUUUUACGAACGAAACAUCGGCGUACAGAAUUAACCGCGAUUUUCUUAAACUGUGACUUGAUAUACGGAUCUUAAGUCUCUCUAUUCUUCUUAGACUAUACUCUCUUAGACUUUCUAUGAUCCAAAAAAUGAAUAUGUACUCAGGCCUUAAGAGAAAGAAAGAAACCGAUAAAAUAGACAAGCAAAAUUCAUAUUCUCUAAUUUAAUUCUCCAAUUUUAUUAGUUUUUAUUUAGCUUUUCGCAAUAUUUUUUAAACGAAUCAAUAAUUUAUAUCGCGGCAUAGAAGGGAAAAAUUUUCGACAGGUCUCUUUUUUGAUCAAAUUUUGGAAAAGAGAAAUUUGAGUUUUGCUUUAUUUUUUAAAUCAAAAUGAUAUUGUAAGUGCAGUUAGAAACGACGAUGAGUUUUGUACAUCACAAUACACUUGUGAUUUAUAGUUACGAAGAACAUUCAGACGGGAUCUCACAUCAGUAUGUAUUAUAUGUAGCUGUCCUUAAAUAUACAGAGAGUUAUGACAUAAA